UCCAUGUGUGUGCAUGGCUGUCUCCAUGUCUCUCUAUGUGUCUCCACUUGUCUCCACGUCUCCACACGCCUCCAUGUGUGCUGUUUGUGUGUCUCCGUGUGUCUCCAUGUGUGCUGUGUGGCUGUCUCCGUGUGUCUCCCCUUCCUCCCUGUGCCUCCACGUGGUGCCUGCGCCCACCUGCAGGUCUCAGUUCGCACUGAAGUUCCUGGACCCCUCGUUCGUGCCCCUCACCAACUCCCUGGGCCAGGAGCUGCAGGACAAGCCCUCCAAGUGGGCGUUCAACCGGAGCGCCUUUGCCCACCAGAGGCAAGAAAUCCUUCAGCAUGUCGAUGUCAUCAAAAACUUUUCUCUGACCAAGAGCAGCGUUCGGAUCGGGCAGCUGAUGCACUACGAUUAUUCCAGCCACAAGUACGUUUUCUCCAUCAGCAACAACUUCAGGUCUCUGCUUCCUGACGUGUCUCCCAUCCUGAACAAGCACUACAACAUCUGUGCCGUGGUGGGCAACAGCGGGAUCCUGACCGGGAGCCAGUGUGGGCAGGAAAUUGAUAAAUCCGAUUUUGUCUUUCGCUGCAAUUUUGCUCCGACCGAGGCUUUCCAGAAAGAUGUUGGAAGGAAAACCAACCUCACCACCUUCAACCCCAGCAUCCUGGAGAAGUAUUACAACAACCUCUUGACCAUUCAGGAUCGCAACAACUUCUUUUUAAGUUUGAAAAAGCUCGAUGGGGCCAUUCUUUGGAUCCCUGCUUUUUUCUUCCACACGUCAGCGACAGUCACGAGAACGCUGGUUGAUUUCUUUGUCGAGCACAGAGGGCAGCUGAAGGUCCAGUUGGCUUGGCCAGGGAAUAUCAUGCAGCACGUUAACAGGUACUGGAGGAACAAGCACCUGUCCCCGAAGCGGCUGAGCACGGGGAUCCUCAUGUACACCCUGGCCUCGGCCAUAUGUGACGAGAUCCACCUGUACGGCUUCUGGCCCUUCGGCUUCGACCCCAACACGCGGGAGGACCUCCCGUACCACUACUACGACAAGAAGGGGACCAAGUUCACCACCAAGUGGCAGGAGUCCCACCAGCUGCCUGCAGAGUUCCAGCUGCUCUACAGGAUGCACGGUGAAGGACUGGCCAAACUCACCUUGUCGCAUUGUGCCUAAGAACCUCAAUCUUGAAGUGCCAAACGAUUGUCUAAAAAAGUGCCCAAAACCAAUUCAAACAUUCUUCAGAUAGAAUUCUUAAAAAGGGAAAUAAACCCACCCUGAAAUCUUUUCCGUAAUUUAAAGAUGCUUUUUAGCUACUGCUCAUCCAAGGGUUUCAGCGUAUUUAGCGGUGCAGAAGCUUUUAUCAUGUCCUGUGGAUGCGAUUUGUGCAGCUGCAAAGUUGAAACAUUUUGCAUUUCUAGAUAAGCCACUCAGUAUGUUUGAAUACCUGUUCAUAUUUUGGCGUUCUCCUAAAUGCCCUAAAUCUCUUCAUUCUGUUGUUCCCUCCCAUUAGAGCUAGAAAUGCUACUUUUAAGAGGUUUUGCUUCUUUUGUAUCUGUUGCUGUCCGUAGCUCAGCGCUGCCCUGGCCGAUGGAGCGAGCGUGGUCCCACGCAGGCUCCUCAGUGUGGAUCCCCAUUUCCACCGCUUGGGUAUUUUCGUAUUUACCGAAUUUGACAUUUUUUAAAGAAUAACGAGAAGCUCACAAAGUGGCUCGUACCUUAGCUAGGUGUUUAUAUCACUCUUGGAAUACUUCAGUGUUUUAAUUCCAUUCAGGACAGAUCCGAGUCCAGACUAGACAGGUGGAAGCAUGUUCAUUCCCAUCUGAUACUAUUCUGUCAUUUGAUUUCAAAGUUAAACCAUCACUAUAAAUGGACAUAUACUGGGUGAGAAAAGGCCCCAAACCCCAUCCUCCUGCUUGGGCAGGGCCUGCUAGGAUGGGCAAAAAUGGAAGGCAGGUGCUGGGAUUUUGAAAAGCGUUUUUUGUAGGGAAGUGAGCAGAGCUGGAGCGCAGGGAAGAGGAAAUGCCAUCACCAAAUUUCCCCAUUUAUGUCCCUAACUCACCGGUCAGACAGCUGGAGUUUCCUGUCAUUCUCCUGUCACCAGCAGCAGACAGGGCAGAGCUUCCUUGGCUCCAAGGGAAAUCCAGCUGUUUGGGGACAGGACAAACAGGGUCACUCACAGUUGGGAAGUGCUGGCCAUUAUGUCUCAGGAUAAAGGAGCCUGGGAAAUAAUUGGGUUUCUUAUGAGUAUGCUGGCAAGUAUUUAACCAUUUUUUACUAUUCUGAGUGAGAGCUGACCCCACACUGAAAGAAAAAGCAAAAUCCAACAUUUAAAAUGGCACAUUAUAAAUUUUCCUCAGCUUCUUUACCUAUGAUCAGAUUUAAGAGAUGAGGAAGGAGAUUUGGAGCACAGCACCCACCCUGACUGGCCCAGGCGUGUCCUGGUGCCCACUGUGGCACCACAGCUUCCCCAGCCCCCAGAGCCAGGAGGGUUCUCCCCUACAUCCCUGAGUGGGGAAGGAGCUGGUGGCUUUCUCCUUCACUUGAAUUGUCCCACAUUUCCCAGCUUUGCUUUUCCAGAGGCUGUUUAGGGCUGUGGUGGGGUUUGGAUGAGCUCUGCACUGGUCAUGAAUGAGUAAUUUCUGCCUUGUUUCCUAUGGAGCUGUACAGCAGCUGUGCUCGUUGCUGGGUCCAUGGUAAAGCAGUGCCAGCAGCUCUAACCCUAAUGGCAAAGAGCCCACUGGGGCAGAAGGGUCACUCCAAACCCCAAGUGACCCUUGCUGGCUUGUCUGAAUGCCAGGUAUUUUUAUUAAGAGGCGUUUUACCAGUUUCCUGUAGGGACCCAUCAUCUCUCAUCAGCAAAUUAAAGAAAUGAGAACUAUUAUCAUUAUAUUGGCAUGAAAUCAGGGAGCAGUGUGCUCCAUACAGUUUCUGGAACCUCCCAUGGUCCUGGAGAGGGGCAGAACCCCCUGCCAGUCCUGGGCACAGCCCUGGCAUCACCACCAGAACUUUCCAAAGGCACAAAGAGGCACCAAAUGCAGAGAAGGAAGCACAAAACUGACUGCAAAUAUUUGGAAGUGGGAAUACAGAAAAAUUAUUGACAGAGCGCCAUAUUACAUCAUUGAUUUUUAAGCAAAACUCCCCAUCGAUGCUCCAGACCCACACUGAACAUUGCAGAAUCAUUGAUUUUAAUGGGGAGUUCUGCCCCACGAUCGAUGGCACAGCACAGCCCUAAGUAAAUUGCUUCUUAGUAUCAAUAUUUUUUUGCCCAAGCUCACGCAAGGUGGAAAACCAUCUCAAAGUGUGCAGCUUUUGUUUAGCCAGGUGGGGUCUGAGGGAGAGGUGAGGAUGGCUGGGGAUGGAGAAGACAGUGGCUGAGGAGGAGAGGCUCUUUGGAGUGCCUCUCUCCAGCAGAAAUGCCUUUGCACUAAUAAGCAAGUGUGUUAAUGAUUGAUUUAAUUGUUAUUUACGAGGUGCUGGGGGCUGCCCUCCCUGCUCAGGACAGCCAGUGGCCCCUGCAAGUGGCAUCACCUCAGCUGGGCUCUUCCCUCCCUCUCUUCGGCCCCAAACCUUCCUGCAUGAAUUCCUGAUGGCUCAGGGACAAUUCUUCCUGUGACUGAAUGACUAGAGCUAAUUCAACACCUGUAAGCACAAAACAUUGGAGGUUCCAAAAGGCAGAGAAGUCCUCCUGAGCAGCUCCUUCCUUUGAGAGACCCUGCUUGGCCCUGGGCUGCCAGGACAGUAUCCAGUGGCAGCCACAUCCCACUUCCACCAGGAUGGGUGCCAGGGUGCUGGGGCUGUACAUAGGAUUGGGAAUACAUGUUUCCUCUCUUUUUUUAUACACCUUGGAUCUGUAUUUUUGUUGCUUGCAUCUUCUCGGUGAAUGGUAGCGAGGCAUGUGAAAACAGGCAUUUGGCUACCAGGUUUAAUUGUGGACCAAGCCAAAAAGCAAGAGUUGUGAACCAGAACUAACUGUGAAUGGAGGCUGCAAAAACAGGGCAAAUAGGAAAAAGCAGGUUUUCUGUCAACGAAUGUGUCUUUGUUUCACUGGCUCUACAGUUCAAUGCCUGAUGGAGUUGUUUUCGAUUAAAAAAAAGAUAAACUUUAAAAAAAAAGAAAAAAAUGCCAUAAUUGUAAUAAAGGUUUCCU